AUGGCGGCGAAGUACGAUUUGACGCAGCGAAUAGCGCCGCAGCUGGACAGGCACCUGGUGUUCCCGCUACUGGAGUUCUUGCAGGAGAGGGGACUGUAUGCGGAGGAGGACAUUUUGAAGGCGAAGAUAGAGCUUCUCAACCACACAAACAUGGUCGAUUACGCCAUGGAUAUCCACAAGUCACUCUACCACUCCGAAGACGUCCCCCACGAUAUGGUGGAAAGGAGAGUUGAGGUGGUGGCCAGGCUGAAAUCACUGGAGGAGGCUGCAGCUCCUAUCGUAACUUUUCUGCAGAAUCCAAAUACUGUUCAAGAAUUGAGGGCUGACAAACAGCACAAUCUUCAGAUGUUGAAUGAUCGUUAUCAGAUCGGUACCGAGCAGAUAGAGGCAUUGUAUCAGUACGCAAAAUUUCAGUUUGAAUGUGGAAACUAUUCUGGUGCUGCUGAUUAUUUGUAUCAUUAUCGGGACCUGUCCAUGAAUAGCGAAAGGAGUUUGAGUGCAUUAUGGGGAAAACUAGCUGCUGAGAUAUUGAUGCAGAAUUGGGACAUUGCAUUGGAAGAACUCAACCGCUUGAAGGAAAUAAUUGACUCUAAGAGUUUCUCUUCUCCUUUGAAUCAAGUUCAGGGUAGAAUAUGGCUUAUGCAUUGGAGUCUGUUCAUCUUCUUCAACCAUGAAAAUGGAAGGACGCAGAUUAUUGACUUAUUUAACCAUGACAAGUAUUUGAAUGCCAUUCAAACAAAUGCUCCCCAUCUCUUGCGUUACCUGGCAACUGCAUUCAUUGUCAACAAAAGGAGGAGGCCGCAAUUCAAGGAUUUUAUUAAGGUUAUUCAGCAAGAGCAGUACUCUUUCGAAGAUCCCAUCACAGAGUUUUUGGCAUGUGUAUAUGUCAAUUAUGACUUUGAUGAGGCUCAAACAAAGAUGAAAAUGUGUGAAGAAGUUAUAUUGAACGAUCCAUUCCUGGGAAAACGAGUGGAAGAGGGGAGCUUUACAUCUGUACCAUUAAGAGAUGAGUUCCUUGAAAAUGCCCGCCUUUUUAUGUUUGAAACCUAUUGCCGUAUUCAUCAGCGUAUUGACAUGGGGGUGCUUGCCGAGAAACUGAAUUUGAAUUAUGACGAGGCGGAAAGAUGGAUUGUGAAUCUUAUAAAGACCUCAAAACUUGAUGCCAAGAUUGAUUCUCAGACGGGAACUAUUGUAAUGGAACCCAACCACCUCAAUGUCUACGAGCAGCUCAUUGAUCACACCAAGGCCCUUUCUGGACGCACUAAUAAGUUAGUCACACAGCUUUUGGAACAUGCUCAACAGUCACAGCCUGCUCGAUAG